AGAUGGACCUGCCGGCGCUGCCAGUGCGCGGAAGGGCCGUGUCCACGUUGGCAGCGGAGUCUGGCUGCUGAGCCAGCACGUGUCUCCAGGAGGCCUGCGGGCCGCCCGGGUCCCUGCCUGUCUGCGAUGGGCCGCCCGGGCUGACCAGCCAGUUCCUGCUGGAGGCUCCUGGUGGGAUCUGGGAGACCAUGUUCAAGGCGCCCGACCUCCUGCCGCGGCUGCUGCGGGGCGCCCCGAGGCAGCGGGUCUGCACCCUGUUCAUCAUCGGCUUCAAGUUCACGUUUUUCGUCUCCAUCGUGAUCUACUGGCACGUUGUGGGAGAGCCCAAGGACCAAGGGCAACUCUAUAACCUGCCUGCAGACAUCCCCUGCCCCCUCUCGGCACCCCCCACCCCACCCUCCAGCACCCCCACUCCAGGCAACAUCUUCUUCCUAGAGACUUCGGACCGGACCAACCCCAACUUUCUGUUCAUGUGCUCGGUGGAGUCAGCCGCCAGGACUCACCCCAAGUCCCGGGUGACGGUCCUCAUGAAGGGGCUGCCCAGCGGCAACGCCUCCCUGCCCCGGCACCUGGGCCUCUCGCUUCUGGGCUGCUUCCCUAACGUCCAGAUGCUCCCGCUGGACCUGGAGGAGCUGUUCUGGGACACACCGCUGGCGACCUGGUACGCGGCCGCGCAGGGGCGGUGGGAGCCCUACCUGCUGCCGGUGCUCUCCGACGCCUGCAGGAUCGCACUCAUGUGGAAGUUCGGGGGCAUCUACCUGGACACUGACUUCAUCGUCCUCAAGAGCCUGAGGAACCUGACCAACGUGCUGGGCACCCAGUCCCGCUAUGUGCUCAACGGUGCCUUCCUGGCCUUCGAGCGCCGGCACGCGUUCAUGGCGCUGUGCAUGCGUGACUUCGUGGCCCACUACAAUGGCUGGAUCUGGGGCCACCAGGGCCCGCAGCUGCUCACCCGGGUCUUCAAGAAGUGGUGCCCGAUCCGCAGCCUGAGUGAGAGCCGCUCCUGCCGCGGCGUCACCACCCUGCCCCCCGAGGCCUUCUACCCCAUCCCCUGGCAGAACUGGAAGAAGUACUUCGAGGACAUCAGCCCCGAGGAGCUGGCCCGGCUGUUCAAUGCCACCUACGCCGUGCACGUGUGGAACAAGAAGAGCCAGGGCACGCGCUUCGAGGCGACGUCCAGGGUGCUGCUGGCCCAGCUCCAUGCCCGCUACUGCCCCACGACGCACGAGGCCAUGAAGAUGUACCUGUGAGGGGCUCACCAGGCCACCGCCCCCCCACUCCUGAUGGAGAGGGGUGCCUGGCCUCCCUUCCCUCGGGGCAAGGUGGCAGGGCCCGGGACAGGGAGGUGUGAGCUGGGGCCGCUGGCUGGCCCAGGCUGUUGAGGAGUCGUUGCUGGAGCGCCACAGCAGGCCCUGGGGAGGCUGUGAACACCUGUGGGCCAGUGCCCUGUCUCGGGCCAGUGCUGACAAGUGGCACCAGAGCCAGCUGGAGUGAGCUCGGUGAGUGUCCCAGGCCUUCUAGACGACAGGCGAGAAGAGCAGACCCCAGAGCACCUCCCACAUGGUGCUGGGCAG